CCUGUACUCAACCACUGUCGCUUUGCUAAUGCUCUCUCCCUCUUUGUGUUCGCAGAUGGAGAUGAUACCAGAGCCCGAUCCUGAUGACGAGGGGACCAAAAUAAGUACAGUGAAGGUCCAGGGCAACGACAUCUCACACAAGCUGCAGAUCUCCAGAGUCAGCAAGAACGACGAAGGACUCUAUGAGUGCCGGGUGACCCGAGCCAACUACGGAGAGAUUGUGGAGUACAAAGCCCAAGCCUGGCUUAGGGUCAACGCCACAGCCAGGCCUCGACGGCCACUGCCACCCGCCAAGAAGAGCUCCCCACUGCACUUGACAGACAAGAAGCCAAGAAAGUCCACCUCCCCUCUGAGCCAAGACAACAUGAGUUCAGACCAGAGGGUGGCCUCCACGUCCUCCUCCCACACAUCCUCCAACACAGCUAAACGCUACCCCAGCUCAGGUACAAGACUAUUGUCCAGCUCCGGACCUGCUGUCCUGCUUCUGGCGUGUGGCCUGGUGAGGGAUGCCUUGUUAUAAUUUAAGAACAGUCGUGAUUUGCUCCACGAUGUUGGCCCAGCUGUGUGCUUCGAAAGCAAACAGAGGAUCAAAAAAAAGAAAAAAAGAAAAAAGAAGAUUGCCUGUUUUACUCCCUUCGCCACCCACUGAUCACAACCCUGAACUCUACCAUGCGGACAGCACAGUUUGCUCCUCAUUUUCUCGCCACUUCUGCUCUUGCACUUAGCACAUUAUUACUAGCCACUAUAAACACCAGUCACAACGGCAGCAGAAGGAGCACCUUUUCUACAGACGUCUGGUCGACGCCAGCAGAGACGCCGCCUAACACCCGGACUCUAUCUCGUUGGAUAACUCUCAUGGAAGAAUGACUUUCUUAAAGUUUUGCUGUUGACGUUUCUGUGUUCAUUGCUCAAAAGUAAACGAGAAAAUCAAAGAAUCUAUAUUUGUGUAGUAUAUAUGAUCCUAGAUAUAUGUCUGUUUUAUUUGAAACACAUAGAACUAAUGUAUGUGCUGUAUACAUAGCUGCUGCUGAUAUUGGCCAUUGAUCAUUGUGAAUAGGCACUCUAGCCUUCUCCAGAUGAGAUAAAUCUAAUACAAGUCUGUGUUAAAUUAGACGAUUGAUGUUAACCUUUAAGUUAAAAGGGUCAUUCUUUUCAUUUCUCUUUCAGCCGUAUUAGCCAUCCAAAUUUCAAAUGUGCAUAAUUUUACAUCCUGUUGGUGAUUCAUCAUCAGAAGUGCAUGCUUGGUCUGGAGGUUUUGAAGAUGAGGAAAAUAUCUGACCUAUAUGAGCCGACAUUUGGAGUUUAAUGUUCCAAUGUUUUGAACUGCAGUUUCUUUUUCUGUGCUAGCUUUGGUGUGAAAAUAAUGUCCCCUUGUCAUUUUAAUUUGUAAUGCACCCUUAGUAGGAAUAAAAAAAAAAAACAAAGUCA